UGCCUUCGCUAAUUGCGUGCAGUCCAAGGCGAGCUCCCAGAUUCCGAUUCUAUGGAGACCUUAGCGGUCAUGAAAGCAAUUGCCAAAGCUUAUGACUUAGCUCGCGAGAUACCUGGCCAGCUGAAGGCGGUAGCAAUCUAUACGGACUCUACGAGUGCGAUUCGUGUUGCGCGUAAUCCGAAUCAUCCUCUUGGUCUGCAUAUCAUCAGAAAAGCAUGUAUGCUUACGAAACUUGGCUUGAAACUGUCUUUGCAUUGGUGUCCUGGCCAUAGCGGUGUAAGUGACAUGUUCUCGCUCGAGCAUAUCUUUUGCCAGGCUAAACAAAACAGGUUCCGGGCAACGAACUAGCCGACAAGAUCGCUGUCAUGGCACGGUAUCACAUCUAUGGCCGAAACGCAGAGUUCGUGGGCCUCAGCGAUGAUGACUAUGAAGACUGGGAGGAUGUC